AUGACUGAUCAUGUUUUAUCAUUAUCAUCAUCAAUACCAACAUUACUUGAAACAAAAUCCGAUCAUUGCAGACUGCGGAUUCGUUUCAAUCAAUUAUCACGAGAACGUCGAUUAUUAACUUGUCUCCUAAUUCUAUUUGCUAUUAUUAUGUUUGGUCUACUUAUUGGUAUUUUUAUACUAUCAUGGACAUUUCAAGGACGAACUCCGAUUAUCUAUCGAGAAAUAAAUUCAACUAAUAUUGGUACCAGCGAUGGAGUCGCUCGGUAUGGUGAAUCAUGCGAUUAUAAUAGUGAUUGUGAACAUCCAUUUACAUGUCAUAAAAAAGGAGCAUCAACGCCAGGUAUGUGUCGAUGUCCUUUAAAAUACGAUUUCAUAAAAGAUCAAUGUGUUGGUGAUCUGAAUGCGUUAUGUACAAAAGAUACCGAUUGUCAACAAUAUAUGCUCUGUUCAGGUAUGAAUGAUGGAACACGUCGAUGUCAAUGCCAGCAACAGUUUGAAUACGAUCAAGAUAGACGACGAUGUCGUGGUGAUUAUCAAGCUCCAUGUGAAAGUAAUAUUGAUUGUCGAGCAAAUCUUGUGUGUAAUAAAACAACAACACCAUCCGUUUGUUCAUGCGAAUCACAUUAUCAAUAUCAUCCCUCAGUACGUAAAUGUCGUGGUGAUCCAGGUGCUGUAUGUGAUCGAGCUACAGCUGAAUGCGUUGACAAUGCUGAAUGUCGCGAUGGAGCAUGUGAAUGUUCACAUCAGUUUGUACCUGAUGAAAAUAAAAUAUGUGUUGAUCCAUGUCCAGCACAAGUACCAAAUCCUGCACGAAUUCGUUAUCCGGGUAAUUGUCGACGAUUUAUUGAUUGUCAACAAAAAUCGAAAACUGAAUGUCCAGAAAUGACACUAUUCAAUUUACGCACUCAACUUUGUGACUAUCCUAAAAAUGUGUUUGAUUGUCGAUAA